AUGGAGACUCAAAUGACGGUAGAGGUUGCUCUGGCGAUGCAGGUUGUUCCGGCGGCGACGAAGAUUGCUCUGGCGAGGAAAUUUGCUCUGCUGCUGGAGGCGGCUCUGACGGUUCACAUUGUUCGGUUGAUGAAAUAUGCUCUGAAAACAGAUAUUGUUCUGGCGAUGAACAAGGAUCCGGUGAUGGAGGCUCAUCUGGUAUCGAGGCCUGCUCUUGUGAUGCAAGCUGCUCUGGUAGUGGAGAAGGCUCUGGUGAUGGCGAGACCUCUGCCAACGGAGAAAAUUCUGGUAAUGGAGGCUGCUUUGGCGAUAAAGAAUGCUCUAGUGGUGCACAUUGAUUUGGCGAUGAAGCAAGCUUUGCUGGUAAAGACUGCUCUAUAA